UUGCCAGGUUUAUCUCUCAGUUGCAGCAUAGUGGAGUAAAGAUAAUAAGUGCGUGAAGUCGAGAAGACACCAGGAUAUCUCAUCAGCACUGUACUGUUUGCGCUAAGGUGGAUUUUGGAUUUUAUGUACAACAUGACAUUUGAGGAGCUAAGUGGAGAUUACUCUCAGGAAAGAAUGGACGCAGUGGCCAAAGCUUUAGAGGAAGUCCUCACCUCUGCGUUGCCACAGGGCUGCAUUACAGUCGGUGUCUACGAGGCUGCCAAGUCACUUAAUGUAGACCCUGAUAAUGUCGUUCUGUGCGUCCUGGCUGCAGAUGACGAGGACGUUAAAGACGUGGCCCUGCAAAUCCACUUCACUCUCAUUCAGGCUUUUUGCUGCGAGAAUGACAUCAACAUCCUGAAAGUCAACAGCACCAGGCGCCUGGCACAAAUACUGGGUGGAGGAGGAGGUGGAAAACAGAGUGGGGGUGAACCUUUGGACCUCCACUGUGUCCUUGUCAAUAGCCCACAUUCUACAUCAUGGAAGGAUCCAGCUCUGAGCAAACUGAGCCGAUUCUGCAGAGAGAGCCGCUGCAUGGACCAGUGGGUACCCAUCAUCAACCUGCCCGAGCGAUGAACUUUAACCAGCAACAAAAAACGUGUUCAGAGAUGAAUUUUAUCUGCACACAAAUUGUGGCGUAAACCCUGAUGGACACAUUACCAUCCAUAGAUCAAAUUCCAAAGCACUGCUGAAUGAGGGAAAGAAAAUUCCUGGAAAACAAA